UUCCUUCCCAAGCCAUAGAUCAGAGUGUUUGUUUGUUGUUCGAAGCGACGCUACUAUACGAAAAUGUCGAGUGAAUCGGACGACUCUGACAUUGAGGACACUCUUUUGUUACUGGCGGCCGCUUCUAGAAAGCGUCCAAGAAUGUGGGUUCAUCCAAUUAAUACUAAAAGAUUGGAAUAUGGAGAAUAUAACAGAUUGUGCCGGGAGUUACAAUCGGAUGAAGAAAAGUUCUAUUCAUACUUCCGCAUGUCCAAAGGCAGCUUUGAAGAACUUCAUAAUAUUUUGCAACCAUUCAUAACGAAACAAGACACUAAUUGGAGACUGGCAAUUAGUUCAAAAGAAAGACUGGCGAUUUGUUUAAGGUACCUAGCUACGGGGGAUUCGUACAAAACGAUUGCGUUUUCUUUUCGUGUCGGGCGUUCCACGGUAGGCGGCAUAGUAGAAAACGUCUGUCAGGGAGUGUGGAAUUCUUUGCAGCCUAUCUAUAUACCCACGCCAACCGAAGACACAUGGAGAAAAUCAGAAAGCGGUUUUAGAGAAAUUUGGGAUUUUCCGAAUUGCUUGGGCAGUGCCGACGGGAAACACGUCGCAAUAAAAUGCCCCAAAAAUAGUGGGUCGAAUUUCUACUGUUAUAAAAACUUUUUCUCAAUCGUGCUACUAGCGAUAGUCGACCCAUUUUACCAAUUUAUAGUGGUGGACAUAGGUAGCUGCGGCCGUUUCAGCGACAACGGUAUCCUAGAAAGUUCAGACUUUUACAAAGAAUGCCUAGAAGGCAAAACCCUAAUGCCACCUAAAACUUUGCCGGGCACGGAUGACUUAGUGCCGCAGGUACUUAUCGGUGAUGAAGGUUUUGGAUUAAAGCCAUACCUAAUGAGACCCUUUACCCAAAGAGCGGCCCUACAAGACGAAAGUAAAAGAAACUAUAAUAAGAGGUUGAGCAAAGCAAGACGUGUUGUAGAAAACGCAUUUGGUAUUUUGGCCGAGAAAUGGAGUGUUUCAUAG